CAGGAACUUGAAACGCGUAUAAAAGAAGUCCAAUCCAAGAUUGAACAAAAUACACAUUUACGGAAAAAAGCGAUUGAGCUUCGUCAAAUUUUAAAGGACCGUAAUGCUCAACUGCAAUGCGAUACUCAAAUCAGAGAAUCACAACGUUAUAUCGACUAUUUCACUGAGGAACUUCGUCGACUCCAGACAAGAGGCAGUCGUGCCUCAUUCAUAUCCCUACAACCUCCCAGUCAAACUCAAAUAUCAAGUGACUCCUCCAACACAACCAUAGAUUCUACUAGUCUUAACCAACCCUUGGUCGACUCUCCCAGUCAAAUUUCACAAUCUUAUUUUCCCACUGCCACAACAAACUCCACUUGCUCUACGGAGGAAGAAGAACUAAAAAGGAGAUACACUAAUCUAGAUCUCUUGGAAGCAGAUACACCUAUUAAUAGAGCAAAGGUGUCCCUAAAGCUUCAUGAAUUAGAGUAUAAAGUGGAUGUGGAAAAGAAAGUGCAGGAAGGUAUCCGAAACCUCUACAACCUUUUGGAACGUACGUCAUCCACAGCAGCAGAUCGUCGAAGAAAAGCCGAACUUCAUGAAAAGCAGUUGGAGUGUACUGAAAAGAUGACCUUACUAAACAACUCUGUCAAGAAAUACAAGGAUCUUUAUUUAGGAGAGGAUGACGAGCUUGAAUAUCUGAUGGAAAAUCAAGAAGAAGACGAACGACAGAUCGAGACAAGACCUGUACUUCGAGGCUUGCCUGGAGCACGCAGACCCGUCACUGGUAAACUUCAAUUAAAAAUACUGGAGGCUCAUGAAUUAGCCCAUGCCCCUACCCGCAUGUUUCGUGAUCCCCAUACUGCCGUCAUGGUCAAAAUUGAUGGAAAUAUUCAGUUUCGUACUCGUCUUUCCAAGAAUGAUAAAUGGACUGAUGCCUUUGAAAUGCAUGUCGAUAAAGCAACAGAAGUAGAAUUGUUAAUAUAUGAUCAAUCCGGUGAUCGCACUUUACCUAUCGGUUUACUCUGGUUAAAGAUUUCCGAUAUAGCUGAAAGUCUGCGUAAACAAAAAUUGGAAUUAGAACAAAAUGAUUCAAACUGGGUACCUGCUCAAAUAGCCCAACAACACAAUGACGACGGUAGCUCCGUUGUUCCUCCUACUGCACAACCUGAACCAACCAGAGUAAAUAAACGAAAGACCAGUGAUGGUGGUAUAGCUGCCUGGUUUGAUGUCGAACCUCUCGGCAGAAUAUACCUCGAGAUUAAUUUCGUCCGUGAGAACGUCAAGAAACGUCCAAUGGAUAAGCUCGGAAGAGCAGAUGCUGUACGUGAAAGAAAGGGCGAAGUGCAUGAAAUGAAUGGUCAUCAAUUUGUAGCAAGACGAUUUUAUCACAUCAUGAAGUGUGCUUUGUGUGGUGACUUUAUGGCUAAAUUAACAUUCCAAUGUGAAGACUGUGCCUUGGCAUGCCAUAAAAAAUGCUAUACUCGUGUAGUAACAAGAUGUAUAUCCAGAGCAACAUCGAAAUCCGAUCAUGAUGAGGAAGAGUUAAAGCAUCGUAUACCCCAUAGAUUUGAGCCACUGACCAUCAUCGGUGCAAAUUGGUGCUGUCAUUGUGGUUUUAUGUUACCGCUUGGUUUUAGAGGAGCACAGAAAUGUGAAGAAUGUAAUGUUGUAUGCCAUACCAAGUGUGCUCGUUUGGUGCCCGAUUUCUGUGGUAUGUCGAUGGAAAAGGCCAACUUGAUGUUGAGCGAAAUGAAGGCAGCAAAUAACCGUCGCCGUACAAUCCAUUCAGACAGUAUGCCAUUUUCUCUCGAUAGUAACGCCAAGCCUUUAUUCGCAUCUUCCUCUAGUAAUACCCAGCUGCAGCAACAAUUCUUUAACGACAGUAACAUUAUCUCUCCUCAGCCUUCAUUUUCUACUCCUGUGACACCUAAAACACAGCACACGCCUUCUCGUCCUUUAUCAUUAGUUCACGAUAGUUCUUCCUUCCAAUCUCUUUCGCAUGUCUUUAGUCAGAAUAGUAUCUGUGAAACCUUAUCACGUAAUGGGACUCAACUUACUACACCUGUACAAGUCAACAGAAAGGUUGGUCUUGACGAUUUUAACCUUUUGGCCGUGUUGGGUAAAGGAAAUUUCGGUAAAGUCAUGCUUGCCGAAGAAAAGUACACAAGCGAAUUGUAUGCCAUCAAAAUUCUGAAAAAGAGAUUUGUCCUUGAUAACGAUGAAGUAGAGAGUACACGAUCAGAGAAGCGCGUGUUUUUAGCUGCUAAUCAAGAACGUCAUCCAUUUUUGGUUAAUCUUCACUCGACUUUCCAGACCGAAACUCGAAUCUAUUACGUGAUGGAAUACGUGAGUGGAGGAGAUCUGAUGCUUCAGAUCCAGAGAGAGCAAUUUUCAGAAGUAAGAGCUAAAUUCUACGCAUGUGAAGUAUUGUUGGCGUUAGAAUACUUUCAUAAGCAUGGUAUCAUCUACCGUGAUUUAAAAUUGGACAAUAUCAUGCUGUGCUUGGAUGGACAUAUUAAAUUGGCGGAUUAUGGUCUUUGUAAAGAGAAUAUGGGGGGUAACAACACAACCAACACAUUCUGUGGUACACCAGAAUUCAUGGCCCCCGAAAUCCUCAAAGAGAAUCGCUAUGGACGUGCCGUGGAUUGGUGGGCAUUCGGUGUCUUAAUGUAUGAGAUGCUGCUCGGUCAGUCCCCUUUCAAGGGAGAAGAUGAGGAUGAAAUCUUUGAUGCUGUGCUUGAAGAUAAUAUUUUAUACCCAAUUAACAUGUCCAAGAACUCUGUGUCUAUCUGUGAGGCUUUACUCGAACGAAACCCCGAAAAGCGUCUUGGUGGUGGUAAAGGCGACGCACAAGAGGUGAAAAAUCAUCCGUUUUUUGCUGGUGUCAAUUGGGAAGACAUGCUGGCUAAAAAAGUACCUCCUCCCUUCUUACCAACCAUCAACGGAAGAGCAGAUACUUCAAAUUUUGAUGAAGAAUUCACAAGAGAAAUUCCAAUUUUAACGCCUGUCAAUGCCAUGUUGACCCGACACGAGCAACAAGAGUUUUCAGACUUUUCGUAUGUUGCCAAUUGGGCAAUA